AUGGCCCGGGAGCCAGGGGCGCGGGCCCGCCGCCGCCCUAAGUUGAGGAGGGAGAGGCCGGGCCCAGCACGAGCAUCCCCCGGCGCCGCCGCCGCACGGCCCAGCCCCGGCCGCGGGGCGCGCAGAGACAGCGGCUGCCCGUUCGCCGGCCCUCGGCCCGGCCCGUCUGCCGCCAGCCGCGCGGGAGCCCCCUCAGCAGCCGGGACAGGGCUGCGGCCUCGCGGGCGCCGCCGCCGCCGCCAUCUUGGGACGCUGGCCGGUCACCUGACCUCCCCGCCCACCUCGGCAGCCACCUUCGCCGCGAGGGCGGGGCCCGGCUGGCGCCGCGAGGCGCUCGGGGACGCGCGGGGGGCGGGGCCAUUGGCAGAGGCCCCGCCCCCCGCUCGCCGGCCCCGCCUCCAGGCCCAUCCCAAGAUGGCGGAGAUCCCCCUGUACUUUGUGGACUUGCAGGAUGACUUAGACGAUUAUGGAUUUGAAGACUACGGUCCACAUUGUGACAGCAUGAGGGUAACAGCCUUCUUGGACAUUCCAGGCCAGGAUAACCUGCCUCCACUCACUCUCCUGGAAAAGUAUGCUUUCAGUGAUAACAUCUUCAACCGUCAGAUUAUUGCCAGAGGGCUGCUUGAUAUCUUCCGGGACUUCAGUAACAAUGAAGACGACUUCUUAACAGUAAUGGAGAUUGUGGUCAGAUUGUCAGAAGAUGCAGAGCCCACAGUGCGGUCUGAGCUGAUGGAACAGAUUCCUCCUAUUGCCAUUUUUUUACAAGAAAACAGAUCAAAUUUUCCACUGAUGUUCUCUGAAUAUCUCAUACCUAUUGUAGUGAGGUACCUCACAGAUCCAAACAAUCAGGUUAGAAAAUCAAGUCAGGAAGUGCUCUUGAUUCUUUUGGAACAAGAUCUCAUUUUCCAGCAUGAUAUUGAAAACAAAGUGUGUCCAAUCCUGCUGGCGCUCUCUGCCCCGGACAGUGAUGAUGAAUAUAAAGCAGAGGCUGUGAACAUAAUCUGCAGACUGGCUUCAGUGCUGAGCAAGAGCACAGUUGAACGCCUGCUGCUUCCUCGAUUCUGUGAAUUGUGUGGUGAUGGGAAACUCUUUCAAGUUCGGAAGGUAUGUGCUGCAAAUUUUGGUGAUAUUUGUCACGCCGUUGGACAAGAAGCCACUGAGAAAUUUUUGAUCCCCAAGUUUUUUGAGCUCUGUUCAGAUAAUGUUUGGGGCAUGCGGAAAGCCUGUGCCGAGUGCUUCAUGGCGGUGUCCUACAGCACAUCUCCCGAGCUCCGCAGAACCAAGCUCUCGCCUCUCUUCAUCAGACUCAUCAGUGACCCCUGUCGGUGGGUGCGCCAGGCUGCCUUCCAGUCCCUGGGCCCCUUCAUUUCUACUUUUGCAAACCCCUCCAGAGCCGGCCUUUAUAUUCGAGAAGGCGGCACCCUGAGCAUCCGACCGCUGGCUCAGGGUUUGGACUCCACUUUCACCUCGGGGUCGUCCAGUGCAGCCAGUGGCGGUAGCACUUCCUCAGCCUGUUCCACAAAGCCGGUGCAGCCACAGCCGGAUCUGCCCGUGGAAGGCACAUCAGCAGAGACUAGCAAUCUCUCACAUGCCAACAGCUUUUCUAAUGGCCUGAUGGAAAACGCAAUGGAAGACUCUGUCUUGGCUGGAGCUGAGUUGACCAGGCUUUCCCCAGAGGCCAGUGCCUUCUCGAAGCUCCCUGUUAUUAACGACCUCCCCAUCCACAGCCACGCUGGGCUGAGUUCCUGGGCCUGCCCAAGGAGUCCUGAGGAUGUAUUCAAUAAUUUCCUUUAUUGGCGAACUCCUCUUCCUGACAUCAGCAAGGACUUAGAGCUGCUUCUGAGUGAGGCUGGGCCGCAGGAAGAAGGCUGCAGCGGACCCGAGACUGUGCAUAACAGCUGUGUGGCCAGGAACGAGAUUCAAAAAGUCCUUGAUAGUUUGCAGGAGCAUAUGAUGAAUGAUCCAGAUGUUCAAGCUCAAGUUCAGGUAUUAUCAGCUGCACUGAGAGCCGCACAGCUUGACUCUGUGAAUGAGCCUGAGCGCAAGCCGACGGAAGGUCUAAACGGAGUGUCCCUUUCUGAUCCCAGCCCUGCCUCUGACAAUCAGAUGGCUCUGUCAGCUUCAUCAUCGCAGAAUGAGCUCUCCGUGGCCAGGAUAUUACAAAGCACAGAGCCAGGCGAACCCUCUGAGGGAACCCGUGACCGUUCGGAGCCUGGACAGAGGCAUGAGCCCACCCCACUGGAGAAGAAUAAAUCUAAAUUCCAGGAUAUAAUCCCUCAGCCCCUGCUAGAUCAGUACGUGUCGAUGACCGACCCAGCUCGAGCACAGACUGUUGACACUGACAUAGCCAAGCACUGUGCCUACAGUCUCCCGGGAGUGGCGCUCACCCUGGGCAGGCAAAAUUGGCACUGUCUGAAAGAUACGUAUGAAACACUGGCUUCCGACGUGCAGUGGAAGGUACGUCGCACCCUGGCCUUCUCUAUUCAUGAGCUGGCUGUGAUUCUUGGGGAUCAGUUAACGGCCGCUGACUUGGUGCCCAUCUUCAAUGGCUUUUUAAAGGACCUGGAUGAAGUACGAAUAGGAGUUCUUAAACACCUGUAUGAUUUUCUAAAGUUGCUUCAUGAAGACAAGAGGAGAGAAUAUCUUUAUCAGCUUCAAGAAUUUAUAGUGACCGAUAACAGCAGAAACUGGAGGUUUCGAUAUGAACUAGCAGAACAGCUGAUACUGAUUUUGGAACUCUAUAAUCCCAACGACGUUCAUGAUUAUUUAAUGCAUAUUGCCUUAAAGUUGUGUGCAGAUAAAGUCUCUGAAGUUCGCUGGAUCUCCUUCAAACUAGUUGUGGCAAUUCUGCAGAAGUUCUAUUCAAACAGAGAAAACGUCUUGGGGUUAAAUUUCAUCCAGGAACUCGUCGUAAGAUUCCGGCACUGUUCUAAGUGGGUCGGAAGGCAAGCUUUCGCUUUCAUUUGUCAGGGGGUGGUGAGUGAGGGGUGCGUCCCCGUGGAGCAGUUUGUGGAACACUUGCUCCCCAGCCUGUUGAGCCUCGCCUCGGAUCCUGUUCCAAACGUCAGGGUGCUGCUGGCCAAAGCGCUGAGGCAGACACUGCUGGAGAAGGCGUAUUUUAGAAAUGCUGGAAACCCUCAUCUUGAAGUUGUUGAAGAGACUGUCUUAGCUUUGCAGUCAGACCGGGACCAAGAUGUUUCCUUUUUCGCCACCCUGGAACCACAGCGGCGGAAUCUUAUGGACAUCACUGUGCUGGAAAAGCAGCACUGAGCACUCUGCAAGCACUUACGGCCUGGCCGGUUCAUGCUUGGCACACACUGCUUACUGUGCCUGGAAGGGGAACUGACUGAGUGACGCCUGCCGUGGGAGGAAGGAGUUCUGGAACUUUAUACCAAGCGCUUGAACGCCCCCUUCCCACCUGCGGUCACAGGACUGCACCUGGGAUGGGCUCUGGUUACGACCCCCUACCUGCCUGAUCAGGAAGUCUUCGAAAAGGUGGAAGAACCAGGUGGCUCACUGGUUGGGGGGCCUCCAUAGCGAAAGACGGCCUGCGAGCUGUUUGUCUCUCUGUUACAGGCUGUCAUUUAAAGCCACCUCCCCCAGAAAUAAAGUUGUUUAUAGCAGCUUUCGCUCUUUAAUAGACUUGCAUAUUUGGCUUCCCUUAUGCUUUCUGAUAAAAUAUAGUUUAUGGUCUUAUAUUUUAUUUUUAACUGAAAUACUGUACAUAUAUAAAUAACUCUUGACAGGAAGGAAAUAUAUUAAUGUAAUAUUAGCCUCCUAUCAGUGAACAGGACAAAUACAUCAUUUAAAUUUAUGCCCCACUUUUGAGUUGCUGCAAAUAUAGCCCAAUUUGUUUACUUUUGAAAAAUGUGAUAAAGAAGUCUACUACUGAAUGAUUUAUAGCAAGCUUUCUAAUAUUAUACUUUUGUUACAAACUGUACUUGGAACUUUUCCUAGGGCACUCAUCCCUCCCCUGGUUGCUCCAAUUGUAUCCAUAAAGAUGUGGCCUUUGAUAGAGGCAGACAGCAGGGAGCGUCUGCAUUCUUAUGCGGAUAUGUUACUAUGCGGUUAAGAACUCUGGACGGGCACUGGUCAUUGAAAUGCUUGCAUAUUGGCUUUAUACCUAAAGCUUUAGAAUCUCAACAAAAAAUUAGAAACCAUAGUUUUGAUCAGUCCAUAUACUUGCCCGAAAAUACCAGUGAUUUGGGGGGUUAAAUUAUGAUACUCUUCAAAUUGACUGAAGUGCAGAGAAUUUAGAUUUCAUGCUUUUAAAAUUUAGACUAAGAGAAAGAAAUUCUAGGAUUUAAACAGGUUUUUCAUUAAUUAAUAAUUCAAGGUUCCAGAAACAUUUGCUUAGAUUCUGCGUACAUGUAUACACAUGUUAUUCUCGUUUCUGUUUUUAUCUCCUCAAAGGCAAAGGGGAGGAAGGAGCAGCCCAUCUGGGGCCCAAGAGCCAGCUGCAAAGGGCGCGCCGCUCCUUCCAUUCUCCCCUUGGAUCUUUGCCUCAUCUGUCUUUUCUUUCUUCCUUUUUUUAGAAAACUAAAUUUCUGGAGCUAUAUAUUGAAUUUCCUGGUAUAUAGGAUGUUCUCCCCCUCCUUCAAAUUCCACUGAGCUGAUUCUUUAAAAAGAAAGGAAGGAAUCUAUACGUGCCAAAGAAAAUAAGGCACACGUGGGAGAAUUUCACAUUGUAACCCAGGGUCGCCUUUUGGCAACUCUGGCAAAGAGUGAGUUAAUAGGUUGGAAGCUACUUAUUAAGAAAAACCCAACCCGUCUUGUGUCCCAGACCUGCCUGAAGUGCGAACACGGAGAUAGUGUUUUGCUUCAGGGGCAAAGAAUUUUUAAUUUUUUUAUUGCCUAGAGAUUGAGAUUGUCCUGUUAUUCACAUCUGUUCAUCCAACAGCAAGGAGAAUUAUUCACCUGCAAUCUUGUAUUCUGUGCAGAGCUUAAUUUUCCAUUAGGAAGAAAAGAUCAGCUUCAGUUGGUGGUGUGAUGUGUGGAAUCUGCAUGCUGAACCACACGUGCUCGUGGAGAUUGUAGAGACUCUGUGGGAAAUAGAAUCUAACCUUUAAAAUUUCAGUUUAUGUGUUAAAAAUUUUCUAUAAUUUAAUACGAAUGCCUUUCCAAUGCAAAGAUUUUUUAUGACUGUAAUUUCUCUGCAAGAAGUAUGUUUAAAGCUCACAUUUUAUGCUUUCCUUUGUGACAACGGUGAUUUUUUGAGGUUGCUCUGGUCCCUUGCCACCCUCUCCUACGCCCCCUCCCUUCAGCUCUGUGUAGUUGUCGCCGUGGGUGGUGGUGUUGAGAGUUUGUGACUUGACACGUCGGCUUCCUAUUUUACUUGACCCCUGAGCCUCCUCUCCUGGGAAUUAAUGGAAAAGUGCAAGAUGGUGUCUCACAUAGAGCUCCUCAAAAGGUAUCUUAACACGGAAACUUCUCAGCCUCUGCCAAGUGGACAUUUCCCCCUUGUGAAGUGUUUUUUAUCAGCAUCUUUCUUUCUCCAAGAAUUAGCAUUUUCAGAAAAGCUUUGCAGGGGUCCACGGAGCCUCUGUCUCCCACUGCCGCAGUGGCCAACUCUGGGGUUUCUGCCCCAUCAAGUGGGGCCCAGAUCUGCUGAAAGGAGUCGUAUUUCGGCAAUGUUGGUUUUUUCGUUCAUGCGAGAAAUACGAUUUUUAAGCGUGACUAAAGACUGCACUGUGGGCCUCUCGAGACGAUGCACGCGGUGAUGAUAUAGAGCGUUAUUCACGCAUCACUCCUCCAGGUGGUUUGCCCCGGAUUAUUCGAAGAUUGUAUUUAAACGGAUGUGGAGAAGAGGUCGCAAUUUCCCAGCAGCGGCCAGAAGCCGCCCCGUUUCGUUUUCCGGGCUCCGGGAAUUGGCAUUGAGAGCAGCUUAGCGCUGCGAGGA